AUGUUUCGCCGCGUCAUUGCUGCUGCAAGUGUGCGCCCGAGAGUGAUGGGCGCUCGCACGUAUUUCUACCCUUCUCCUGGCGAGGUUGGGGUCGGUGGUGAGACGAUGAAGGCUCUGCUUAAAGCGACCCUUGGUGUUGUCGUAUUCCAGGUCCUGAUGAUCAAGCUCGUUGUGUUCAACCAAUGUAGCACAAAAUACCAGUUCGUUGAGGAUUGCACGGACCUGUGGGAGGAUGACGGCACUGUCAUGGAGGGCGAGGAGGCGGUCGCGAACCUCCGCAUCCAGCGCGAACGUAUCAUGCCGUUCAUGAACGACAUCAAGGAGAAGCUGGAGGCCGCCGGCGUUGAAGCGGAGGAGUAG